GCAGCAAUGCCCGUGGACCUAUACUACGUGCCCGGCUCGGCGCCGUGCAGGGCGGUGCUGCUGACGGCGCGCGCGCUUAACCUCAACCUCAACCUCAAGCUGGUGGACCUGCACCACGGGGAACACCUCAAACCGGAAUACCUCAAGAUCAACCCUCAACACACAGUCCCAACGCUAGUGGACGACGGCUACCCCAUCUACGAGUCGCGUGCUAUCAUCACCUACCUCGUCAACAAAUACGGCAAGGGCACUGCUCUGUACCCCGAGGAGCCCAAGGCGCGCGCGCUGGUCGACCAGCGGCUGUACUUCGAUAUCGGCACGCUGUACCAGAGGUUCAGUGACUACUUUGUGAGUAUACUUGUUCCACCAGACGUUUUUGGGUGCCAGUAUUGA